AUGGACUGGGCAAUCAAUGUGGCCCAUCCACGAUUACUUUACAAGGACCCAAAAUUAUCAGUAACGUUUAUUGUGCCAAGCUUAUUCCAUAUCAUUAUAGCUUUCGUACUAUUAGGAAUAUGUGCGUCCGAUUUUCUUUGCCCCAACGUGGCUCAUAUAUCAGAUCCUAACAGCCUUCGGUCAAAUGGUUCUUUGGUUUCGAAAACAGCAUCUCAUGCAUCUCAUACUGGGGCCUUAAUGGCAGUUCUACUAUCUUGGUGUAACUCUUCGCCCGACUUAUUUUCAAACUUAAUGAGCUGGGCAACGUCUACGAGAGAAACAAGAUCAACCUCGGUAUCACUAUCCAUUGGCGAAGUGCUGGGUGCCUGCGGCAUAAUCCUAUGCAUUGUGGAAGGCUCCAUUUUUAUCAUUAUGUCAAGAACCCAUAUUGAAAUUUCGCAGAUACAAAAGCUAUCCAUAAUGAGAGACUUGUUAUUUUCCCUAGUCGCCAUGUUUGUAAUGAGUUACGUUUCCUUUAUGAACCAGGUCACCGUGCUGAAUUGCCUUUUGAUGGCAUUCAUUUAUGCAUUUUAUUUAGUCGUUAAAUUAACUUUCAAGAUUAAUCAUUUUCCAGAAACCUCCGCUGAGACUGCUGCCGAUACGAGCCUCAGAGAUAACUCCGUUUCUCCAUUUUUAGAUGACUCUCUGAUGGCCUCUGGUUUACUACCACCAAUACAACCUGGCUUUGACGUAUCCAAUUCUAUAACACACGGAAUUAAGCCAAGUUUGCUAUCUGCUAUGGAUUUCAAUAGUUUUCUAUCAAUGUUAGAAAAUUCAUCCCUGGAGGAGGAUGACCCAAGGAAUGAAAUGGCAGAAUUAAACACUCUGCGUAGCAUGACUCCAGCACAACAUUGGUCCGCCUCUGCAACAAUUGCUGCUGGAGCGACCACAAGCGCUGAAAGACCUUUUAGUGAGCCAACAAAUGCGUUUACAGAAUAUACAGAUUCCGAAAGGGCAAUAAAUAGUUCCCCAGCGAUGUUCGCCGCCUAUCAUGACAACCCUCACGAUGAAGAGUCUCAAGAGCAAGUAUUAUUGGAGACACCAGCGCAGGGUCAAUUUGGUGCACAAGUAAUGCGAAAGUUUUCCAAAAGGUCUCUAGGUUGGAUCAUAAGAAUUUUCGUACCGCAUCUCUCAAAUUUCUCCCAAAAAUCUAUCUCAGAUUCAAUCUUUUCCGUAAUCACCGUUCCAUUUUUCAUUAUAUUUAAACUAUCAUGUCCACAACCGCCUUCUGAUAUACUGAGUUACGAUCCCACUCUGAAUAAAUACUCUUUAACAACUUUACCCAUAGUUUUAUUAUUUAUCCAAUCAGUUACUGCACCCUUCCUCCUUUGCAGCAUACUUUCUGUACUUUUGGCUUCUCAUCUAGGUUUUCUCGUUUAUCUUUUCCCCCUUACGUUAUCCAUGGGUUUGAUUUUACUAUUGACGGCUUUCAUUACAAAGGUAAAUCUGCAUAACAAGUUCACUCUCUCAUUAGACAGCUCUAAUAUUUUACAGGAAAAACUACAAAAGAGAAAACUCCUUGAGAGACUCAACACCAGUAUCCAAGUAAUUUUUUUGGCUAUCGGCAUAAUAAAUAUCAUUAUUUGGAUAUCACUUUUAGCCAAUUCUCUUAUUGAGAUGAUGGAAAUUUACCAAAGAAUACUAGGAUUAUCGAAGGCUAUUUUGGGCCUUACCAUUUUCGCAUGGGGAAAUUCCAUAGGGGACUUGAUCUCCAACAUAUCUAUGUGUAGGCUCUACAAGACCCAAACUCAUUAUCAAGACAGAGUUCAUUUAGCCACAAAAUUUUUCAUGAUAUCAUGCGCAUCUUGUUUGGGAGGUGUAAUGUUAAAUUCCAUGGGAGGUAUAGGCUUUAGCGGGUUAGUCUCAAUGCUUUUCAUGGGCGCUUUUAAUGAUAACGAAUGGUGGUUUCUAAGAAAAGUUAAAUUACAAGAAUCGAGUCAAUUGGAUGAUAGACUAAAUUACAAAUUCAUAGUUUCUUGCGUCUUCAUUAUCCUACAGAUUAUUCUCUUGCUGCUAUUCUUCGGCGGGCCUAAGAAUAUUAAACGACGCCUCACAAAUGAGAUGAAAUUAGUCGGAGUCUGUAUGUGCGGAUUAUGGGCACUGGCCACUUUGAUUAAUGUAUUUCUAGAACUCUUUAGCUAA